AGCCAGAGACAGUAACCUUGAAUCACUUUUAUUUAAAACUCUUCGGUCGCCCCAGCCUCCGGUCGCUUGCCUUUACCACUGGGUUUUCUGGUAGAGAGCGGUUCCAGAUCCAGUUCCUGAACUCUCUGCGACUGUCCUCCGCUUCCCCUCACCAUCCAACCUCUACGACUCGGACCACCGCCGCACGAGGUCAUCAUCCUCUUUUUUCCUCCCCUCCCUCGUAUGAGUCUUGUCAUAUUCCUCUGGCCUUACUUGCAUCCCUGUUCCUACCGAUAAAUAUUACCUACUGGCAUCCAUCCUCCCUCAUCCUUACCGCCGAUAAUCCUCCGAUUGCCGAUUUCCCCACGGGGCUUCGCCGACCACCGCUCACAUUGUCACGCACCCUCAACUCUUAUGGCUGUUGCUUGUCGGUCGACUUCCGUCAUUCUAGCCCUCGCCCGCCUACUCGAGCUCCUCUAACCUUGGUCUGAUGAGCGUGUUUGACAAGAAUCGAGUAUUCGCAGGGCGCCUCAAGGGUAUUGGCUAAGACUGGGCUACAUACAACAACUAGACAGAUAUAGAACAGACACGCAUAGACCAUACUGGAUACGGAAUACGAAACACAAACCAGAACAGCUCAGGAUGACAUUCGCCGUUGCCACAAUGGCUUCGCUGGACCACGCGGCGAACGGCAUCCGCAAAGGAGAAUCCGAGAUGGUGCCGGAGAGCCCAGAUGUCCACGAUGCCGAUACCCCGCCGCGCAAGAGAAAGAGGACUCGCAAGAUCCAGGUGGACCGUAAAUUCGAUUGCACAUUCGAAGGCUGCGGCAAGAGCUAUUCGCGCGCAGAACAUCUAUACCGCCAUCAACUGAACCACGCUCCCAAGCAGAUUUAUCGAUGCGACUUUCCCGACUGUUAUCGGUCGUUCGUGCGACAGGAUCUCUGUGUCCGGCACCGUGAGCGACACACUACGCAGGGUUCUCAGCUGCAAAAGCGCGAUCACUUUGCGCAAGCCGCUUCAGCGAAUCCCAACGGUAUCCCCAAACCUCAGAUCAUUCGCAAUGCGUCGCAAAUACCCCAGAGCCAUGCUCCACCUGUGCUUUCGCCUCCGGAUUCGAAGCGUGGAUCGACAGGCCCGGAUCAGCCCUUACAUGUCACAAGCAUGCCUGCCUCCUCAUCCCCAACGUCCGCUGGGCUCGCUCAGCCUUUCGGUCACUAUCAACCUGCCGUUCGGCAGCAUGGGUUGGAAACGGAUUCUCAAUUUCCGCAGGCGAAUGGACUGGAUAUCAGCUCUCCUACCGCCUCGCUUGCUGCAUUCAACUCGCCACCUCUUCAACGUCCAUUUGUCACUUAUGGCGCUCGCCACCCUGCAGGCUCCCCCACUUCUAACGAGCUGGGCCUCGAUCUGCGCUCAGCUCAUCCUUUGAACGAACCCACACCAGCUUCGGCCGGCGCACAGGAUCUUGGAGCCGCCUAUGCUCUAAAGAGUAAUCUCAAUGGACCUUUGGUCAGCCCAUCCGCCUACGCUUCCCAAGCGGGCUUGCAAAUUCCCGUCGAUGGUUACUCGGAUAUGGCGCCAGUGACUUCGGCAUCUGCCCCACUUGAACAGGCAACUGGCCUAGGAGUUCUCGAUUCUAUGGCAGGAAUGAUGGGCCAGGGCUCGACAGUCGGAGACAUGCAAUUUGAUGCCUUUAACUCGUCUGUUUACCCGGUAUUUGGCGGUGAAAGCAAUCGCUCACCUUUCCACAUGGCCGAUGAUUUCACAGCAUGGCUCUUUAAUGAACCUCCGCCAGGGUCGUCGUCGGUCGCCAAUCCGUCAGCGACGAGUAUGGUUCCGGGAUACAUGGACGCUCAGUUGCAAAACCAGUUUCUGAUGGCGGACCCUACUUAUGGGAACUUUCUCAGUGGCGUCAUUCCAACUCACCCAAUGAGCGUUACAAGUAUCCUUGAUCCUGGUUCGCCGCGGGCUAUCAUGUCCGAAGACAAGCGGCAGGAGCUGUUGGAUCUCAUGUCCACCCGCUUCAACGAGGCCGCUUACUCGGCUGUCGCGAAGCGCAAGGAUGCCCUGAUGGACGGCGAUAUGGAUGAGGACAGCCAUGUCCUGAGCCUCUCGAAGAUGCAGACCUAUAUCGGGUCCUACUGGUACCAUUUCCAUGUCCAACUACCGAUUUUGCAUCGACCAACAUUUGUGGCAGACAAAGCACCAAACCUACUGCUACUUGCCGUGAUGGCUAUCGGUGCGGCAACCCUUGAUACGAUUCAUGGCCAGGAGGUCACCGAGGCCGCUUCCGAACUGGCCGAUUUCAUCAUGUGGCAUCUUCGAUGGGAAAUCUUCAUGGAAGGUGAUUUCAGACCACCAGCCAAGCUCUGGGUCUUCCAGGCGCUGUUGCUGCUAGAGGUCUACGAGAAGAUGUACUCUACCCGAGCUCUCCAUGAGCGAGCACAUAUCCACCAUGACACUACUUUGACAUUGAUGCGGCGCGGAAGCUCCCUUAUUGGCCGCCAUUCGUUCGACUCCCCCGCGAGCUUGAGAGAUGACCGGCAGGCCCGUUCAGCUUCAGGGUCAGCAAUGACCCCAGACUUUGCGGCCGACGAGUCUUGGACACAUUGGAUCAAGACGGAAGCGACUCGACGGGUUGCCUUUGCCGCGUUCGUGCUGGACUCGUCUCACGCCACCAUGUUCGGACACUCCGCCAAAAUGGUUGCCCACGAAUUGCGUCUACCUCUUCCUUGUGAUGAGGCCUUGUGGUCGGCUACUAGCGCUGCAGAAGUGGCUCGGGUGCAGGCAAGUUUGCAUGCGAACGGUGUCCGACCCGUGAUGUUCUUGGACGGUCUCAAGAGAACCCUCAAUGGACAACGAGUCCGGACAAACGCUUUUGGAAGGACAAUCCUGAUGGCCGGGCUGCUUAGUGUGAGUUGGCACAUGAACCAGCGGGACCUCCAGGUCAACUCGCUAGGCGUUGCCCAUGCUCUAGGCGGCCGUGACAAAUGGAGGUCUGCUUUACUGCGUGCCUUUGAUAACUGGCGCCGCGAUUUUGAUGAAGCGCUCGGUCAACCUGGGAUGACUUGUUUUCCUAACGGGUACCGCGGUCGGUAUGCACUCGACGAAGACAAUAUCUUUGAGUCGCGCGACGUACUGCACGGCCUUGCCCAUAUGGCCUCACACGUCGACGUCGUCGACUGUCAAAUCUUUGCGGGGGCUCGGCGAUUGAUGGGGCGGACUAUCACUCCGCGAGACUACAACGCGGCACGGGAGAAGAUGGUCGAUCGCUGGGCGACCAAGGCAUCCGCCCGUGAUGCUACCUUUUAUGCGCUCAAGUUUCUCUCCGAAUGUCUUCUGGAUAACCAUCAUGAUGACCCAGAUGUUGAAGGGGAGCUGUACUGUGGCCGCGAAGAUUACCUGCUCAACCGCCCGUGGGUGAUUUACGUCGCGGCUUUGGUCGUCUGGUGCUACGGAUAUGCCCUGGACGGACCGAUCAAGAACGCUCCUGAACUGACGACCGUCGCAGAGCAACGACAAGACAUGCAGGCAUUCUUACGUCGUGUCGGUGGUGUUCGUGAGCCCAGCGACCUUGAAAGUAUGAAAGGACGCAACCAGUGCCUGGGGUUGCUGAUGAUUCUGCGGGAUGGAUUUGCCAACGCGCGGUGGGAGCUGUUGGCCGAAGCUGCAAACCUGCUGAGCAGUUGCAUUGACAAACUGGGAGGCGUUCAACUAUAGACAUUCGUCCGCAUAUAUACCCUUGGAGUCCCUGGAAAGGCUGGAUUUGUAUACCUGGGUUGGAUUUGGUAAAGGUUAUGAAUAUGGAGUAUGGAGGAUAUAGGCAUUGCCUGUUUUAUACAUUUACACGUGCUACGACUACACAUAGAGUACAUAUCAUACCUUUUGUACAUACAACGAUCGACACUUUUCAUGGACUACCUUGUCUUCGUCUAUCCAAUCAUAUCGAUAAGGUGACGUUUGAUGUGGCAGCCGCCGGACAAAGCGGAGC